AUGGUUUUGGUUGAGGGUCCAAGGUUGGCAAAACCUCUGCAACAAGCUUCUAGAUAUUUUGUUCACGUGGUAAAUGGACUAAGCUACCAAAGUUUGGAUGUGCAUUGUCAAUCCAAGGACAAUGAUUUGGGAUAUCAUCAUUUGGUUAACCAUGGGGAUGAAUUCCAAUGGAACUUUGAAGAAAACUUUUGGGGAACAACCUUGUUUUGGUGUAGAUUGGAAAAAUGGGAUGCGUAUGUCGCUUUUGAAAGCUUUUGGCCUGAGUCGAAGAACAUUUGGCUUCGUGAUAGAUGCGGAAAUCAAUUAGGAACUUGUAUUUGGAUUGCUAAGGACGAUGGAAUUUAUUUGAAAAACAUGCUCACUAAUUUUGAUGAAUUUGUUCACAAAUGGAUUCAUAAGUAA